AUGCCACGGUUCUCACGACCCUGCCACUUAUCAGAGGUAACAGUUUGCGUAGCUCCUGCUCUUGAGCUCUGCCCCAGCCUCUGCUCCCUUCCUGAGCUGCCCCGGGGACACGGCUCUCGGAAGGGCAUGGACAUCGCCGCCGGGAAGAAGCAGUAUCAGGUUCAGCACGGAGCCUGCAGCUACACGUUCCUCCUGCCCGAGACGGACCACUGCCGCUCGCCCCCCAGCGCCUACAUGCCCAACGCCGUGCAGAGGGACGCGCCCCUUGACUACGACGACUCAGUGCAGAGGCUGCAGGUGCUGGAGAACAUCAUGGAGAACAACACACAGUGGCUCAUGAAGCUUGAGAAUUACAUCCAGGACAGCAUGAAGAAAGAAAUGGUGGAGAUACAACAGAAUGCGGUGCAGAACCAGACCGCUGUGAUGAUAGAAAUAGGGACCAACCUGCUAAAUCAAACUGCAGAGCAGACCCGGAAGUUAACCGAUGUUGAAGCCCAAGUAUUAAAUCAGACAACAAGACUUGAACUUCAGCUUCUAGAACACUCCCUUUCUACAAACAAAUUGGAAAAACAGAUUUUGGAUCAGACCAGUGAAAUAACCAAACUGCAAGAUAAGAACAGUUUCCUGGAGAAGAAAGUUCUAGAUAUGGAAGACAAGCACAUAGUUCAACUUCGGUCAAUCAAGGAAGAGAAAGACCAGCUCCAGGUGUUAGUGUCCAAGCAAAAUUCCAUCAUUGAAGAACUAGAGAAACAACUGGUGACGGCUACGGUGAAUAAUUCAGUUCUCCAAAAGCAGCAACAUGAUCUGAUGGAGACAGUUAAUAAUUUACUGACUCUGAUGUCAACAUCAAACCCCUCAUACUCCUUGCUUGCCAAGGAUGAACAAAUCGUCUUCAGAGACUGCGGGGAGGCGUUCAAGUCAGGUUUGACCACCAGCGGCAUCUACACAUUGACGUUCCCUAACUCCACGGAGGCGAUCAAGGCUUACUGUGAGAUGGAAACGGGUGGAGGCGGGUGGACAGUUAUUCAGCGACGUGAAGAUGGCAGUGUUGAUUUUCAGAGGACUUGGAAAGAAUAUAAAGUGGGAUUCGGGAACCCUUCGGGUGAACACUGGCUGGGAAAUGAGUAUGUUUCGCAAGUGACUGGUCAGAAACGCUACGUGCUGAAAAUACACCUAAGAGACUGGGAAGGGAAUGAGGCUUACUCACUGUAUGACCACUUCUAUCUCUCAAAUGAAGAGCUCAAGUACAGGAUUCACCUUAAAGGCCUCACGGGGACAGCCGGCAAAAUAAGCAGCAUAAGCCAGCCAGGAAAUGAUUUUAGCACGAAGGAUGCAGACAACGACAAAUGCAUUUGCAAAUGCUCACAAAUGCUCACAGGAGGCUGGUGGUUUGAUGCCUGUGGUCCUUCCAACCUGAAUGGAAUGUACUACCCACAGAGGCAGAACACAAAUAAGUUCAACGGGAUUAAGUGGUACUACUGGAAGGGCUCGGGCUACUCACUCAAGGCCACGACCAUGAUGAUCCGUCCAGCGGAUUUCUAA